GCUCAACAAGUUAAAAAAAAAAAAGAGAAACAUUCAUGUCAUAGUAAUUAUGGACAGCAGUUGCAAUUUUCUCUUUGCUCUUGCAGUUUUCAUUCUGCUCCAUCACCAUACUUCACUUGCUAAUAUUAGCACCGAUGAAGCCGCUCUUCUUGUACUGAAAUCUUACAUUUCUACUCAUCCUAACAGCAUCUUAUCAAGCAAUUGGUCUUCUUCCAGCCCGGUUUGCAGUUGGAUCGGAAUCACUUGCAGCUCCCGCCACAAUCGAGUCACUGCUUUAGACAUUUCUAGCAUGCAACUUCAUGGUACCAUUCCUCCACACCUUGGAAACCUCUCAUUUCUCAUCUCCCUCGACAUCACUAACAACAGUUUCCAUGGGGAUUUGCCAGAAGAGUUGGCUCAUUUACACAGAUUGAAAUCGAUUAACUUCACAAGCAAUAACUUCACCGGAGCCAUUCCAUCAUUUUUAAGUUUGUUACCAAAUCUACGGUCUGUGUACCUCUGGAACAACAAAUUUUCGGGAAAAAUUCCAUCUUCCCUUUCCAAUCUAACAAAGCUGCAAGUGUUGAGCUUGCAAAGAAAUUUUCUGAAAGGAGAAAUCCCUCGGGAACUCGGUGAUCUUCGUUACCUGACUAUCCUAGACCUACAACAUAAUCAAUUUAGUGGCUCUGUUCCACCAUCAAUCUUUAACAUUACGACAAUGCAAAUCAUUGCUCUUACAAGCAACAAUCUUACUGGUAAGCUUCCAACAACUAUAUGCGAUCAUCUUCCAAACUUGAAAGGGCUUUACCUCUCACGCAACUCCCUAGAUGGAGUUAUUCCAACAAGCCUAGAGAAAUGCCGAAAUCUUCAAGCCUUGUCAUUGUCUGAAAAUGAGUUUAUUGGAACUGUACCAAGAGAGUUAGCCAACUUAACAACUCUUAAAAUAUUGGAACUUGGAGCACUAUACUUGGAAGGAGAGAUACCAGUGGAGCUCGGAAAUCUUGAGAAACUACAAGUGUUGGGAUUAUCACAGAAUGAAUUUAUUGGUUCUGUCCCUGCAAGCAUUUUCAACGUGUCAAUGCUGCAGAAACUAGAUCUUGGAGUGAACAAGCUUUCAGGUACUCUACCUUCAGAUUUAGGGCGUGGAAUGCCGAGCCUAGAACAAUUUGUUUGUGCAAGAAAUAAUCUGAGUGGUUUUAUCUCUUCUUCACUUUCAAAUUCUUCAAGACUCAAAUUGCUUGAUCUCUCAGGUAACAGUUUCACAGGUCCAAUUCCUGAAUCACUCGGUAACUUAGAAUACCUUGAGAUUCUUAACUUGCAGAGGAAUAAAUUUUUCAGCUACUCAGCAUUGAGCUUCCUUACAUCAUUAACAAACUGUAGGAAACUAAGAGCACUUUGGUUUGGUGAUAAUCCGUUGGAUGGUGUUUUGCCUGCAUCUAUUGGGAAUUUCUCAAACACUCUACAGAUUUUUGAAGGAUCGAAUUGUAAACUUAAGGGCAUCAUUCCUGAAGAAAUUGGUAAUCUUACUGAAGUGAUAAAGAUGAUUUUAUUUAAUAAUGAGUUGACUGGACAUAUUCCAAAUACUGUCCAAGGCAUGUUGAACCUUCAAGAAUUUUACCUACAAAGCAACAAUAUAGAAGGAACCAUACCAGAUGUUAUCUGCAAUUUUAAGAAUCUUGGUGCACUAGACUUGUCAGAAAAUAAUUUUUCUAAUUUCGUGCCACCAUGCUUAGGAAAACUUACCAGUUUGAGGUAUCUUUAUCUAGCUUACAACAUGAUGAAUUCAAGCUUACCUGAAAGCUUGGGUGGACUUCUUGAUCUCAUAGAAUUCAAUAUUUCAUCCAAUUUAUUGAGUGGGAAAAUUCCCCUUGGGAUUGGAAAUUUAAAGGCUGCAACACUCAUUGAUUUGUCAAAAAAUAAUUUUUCUGGUAAGAUUCCUAGCACUCUAGGGGUUCUAGAUAAAUUGGUUAAUUUUUCUCUGGCGCAUAAUAGGUUAGAUGGGCCUAUUCCAGAUUCAUUUGGCAAAAUGUUGGCAUUGGAAUUCUUGGAUUUGUGUUAUAACAAUCUUAGUGGUGAAAUUCCAAAGUCAUUAAAAGCUCUUGUGUAUCUCAAAUACAUGAACUUCUCAUUCAAUAAACUUAGUGGAGAGAUUCCCACUGGUGGUCCUUUCGCAAAUGCCACAGAUCAAUCCUUCUUGUCCAAUGAUGCACUCUGUGGUGAUUCGAAGUUUAAUGUGUCACCAUGUGUCAUCCAAUCUCCAAAGAGGAAAAAGACAAUCUUGAUUUUGUACAUCAUUUUGGGUGUGAGUCUGUUAUUUCUUGUAUUAGUCCUUGCGUAUGUAUCUGUAAGAUUGAGAAAGACAAAGAAGAAUACAGGUCAAGCAGAUGUGUCUCUAGCAAUAGAGCAUGAAAGAAUUUCCUAUCAUGAACUUGAACAUGCAACAGAAGGAUUCGAUGAAAGCAACUUGCUUGGUAAUGGGAGUUUUAGCAAGGUCUACAAAGGUAUACUUAAGGAUGGUACUGUUUUGGCAGCAAAGGUAUUCAAUGUGCAACUGGAGGGUGCAUUCAAAAGUUUUGACACAGAAUGUGAGAUACUCAGGAAUCUUCGCCACAGAAAUCUGACUAAAGUCAUCACCAGCUGCUCCAACCUUGAUUUCAAGGCCCUAGUGAUGGAAUACAUGUCCAAUGGAACACUCGAUAAAUGGUUAUAUUCCCACAACUUUUUCUUGAAUUUAUUGCAGAGAUUAGAUGUAACGAUAGAUGUUGCAUCUGCAAUAGAGUAUCUCCACAGUGGCUGUUCAACACCUGUGGUGCAUUGUGACUUGAAGCCAAGCAAUGUCUUGCUAGAUCAGGAAAUGGUUGGUCAUGUGAGUGAUUUUGGCAUUGCAAAAUUGUUAGGUGCAGGGGAGGCCUUUGUUCAAACAAGGACAAUUGCAACCAUUGGAUAUAUUGCUCCAGAGUAUGGACAAGAUGGAAUAGUAUCCACGAGUUGUGAUGUUUAUAGUUUUGGCAUCUUGAUGAUGGAGACGUUUACAAGAAGGAGACCGAGUGAUGAAAUAUUUACCGGAGACCUGAGCAUACAACGUUGGGUUAGUGAUUCCUUCCCAAGUGGAAUUCAUAAGGUUGUGGAUUUUAAUUUGAUACAGCCAGGGGAUGAACAAAUUGAUGCAAAGAUGCAAUGUUUGUUAUCUAUCAUGAAAUUAGCUUUGAGCUGCAGUUUAGUGGCACCUGAUGCAAGGAUUAGCAUGGAAGAUGCUCUUUUAACACUCAAGAAGAUUAGGCUCCAGCUUGUGAGUAGUCAGCACUAGGUGGAAUCGACCCGUCUGCUCUUAGUUCGACUCUCAUCCUCCACGUGGCUAGUUGGCGAUCUACUCUGCUUUGCUAUUUUGGUGAGUCCUCAUGAUUCGAGGGUGAACCCGCUAUGUCUUUUAUUAUGUUCAGACUAUAUUUCUUUCUUUAUGUUUUGGUGAGCUAGGAACUUGUCUUAUGCCCCAUCUAAAAGUAGUAGAGGCAGGUCUAGACUAUUAUGAGUAUGUAGCUCCCC